AAGUCGACAAGUUCUUCACCGAAAUGUAUCAAUUGUCCACCUAGGCCUAGUUUAGGCAAUUACUUGAUCAACAUGAUUCAAAAUGAAUACGUGGAGAAUAUAUCUGCGUCACUGGUUCGAGAAUACCUCAGUAGAAAGGGCCUCAAGUCUACUCUUCAAGCAAUGGAUAGUGAACUCCCAAGAAACGAUUAUAGCAUUAACAAUCGAGCGCAACUUGCCAAAGAAAUACAUAUUAGUAAUUUGAUGAAAAGAAAUAAGGAACAGGAUGAACCUCUGAGGUCUAUGGUGGAAAUUAUGACAAAAUUUUUUCUAGAGAAGCACAACAAGAAUAAUUCAUCUGUUCCUAUGAACAGCUCAUCUACUGCAUCAUUGCCCGCUAGUAAUGGAGGCGCUGGCAAGACAUCUGCUCUUUAUGAUCAUAGUGAAUUUGCUUUCAGUGGCUUACCCCCGGAAGAUGUAUCUGGCAAGAAGGCAGCAAAAGCAACUGUUAUUCAUAUGCCAGCUCAGCGUCCAAGCUCCAGGUUUGAUGAUGAGAAUGAAGAUGACACGAGGCCUGGGCAGUCUGACCUACAUAGUAAUUCAAAGAAGGAAGUCUCCUCACAGAAAAUUAGCAGACCAUCAAACUCACGACGACGAGGAAUGUCUGGCCCCAUUACUAGUAAUUUAGAUGAUAAAAGCAGGAAAAAUAAAAAGAAACCAUCAGCAAAUCUUUCUGGAAAUUCUUCACUGACAUUUGAAAAUGAUAUUACAUCUGAAUAUAGUAACCAUAUCAUUGAUGACUACACAGACACAAAGACCCAUAAGACAGAGACCAAACACUCCACAACAGACUCCUUCCAGGAUUUACUCCAUGCUGCUAACAUAAGAAGCUCAAAACUGAAAGAAAAGAAAAGGAAUGAGAAAGAUACCAAAAGUAAAGAAGAGAACCAGGAGAUUAGAAGAAGCAGAGAUCUGGAUGAAAGGACUUCUCAGGAGAGACCACAGAGCCAAAGUGGACGUAGACGUAAAUCUAGCACCAAGCAAGCAUUGGAGAAAUCUACGACACUGGGUGAUGUUGAGUUUGGGGAUGUGGAUGAUGUGGAUGAUGGCAUAAAAGAUCACACUGGAUCUAAGACAGUGCCUUAUGGAUUGCAAACAAAAGUCAACUUUAACUCCAAGCCAAUCACACUGAAACAAGCUAUGGAAAUUAAGAAUUUGAUAUUUGGUACAUCACAAUCAGCAUUCAAUGAUGAGUGGCGUGCACAAGGCUUUGGAUUCUCUAAUACUUCUCAUCUUGAAUAUGGUAUUGUCCAACAUAAGGGUGGUCCUUGCGGUGUCUUAGCUUCUGUCCAGGCAUGCAUGAUUCGUCAACUGCUAUUUGGAGAAGGAAAGCUUGCAAGUCCAGCAAGCCUUCAACCUUUGACAUCAGAACGCUCCCAUUGUUUGGCUGGUGGGUUAGCGGAUAUUUUCUGGAGAGCCGGGAGCAGGAAAAGUGCAACUGUUUGCUUGUCUUCAGGGCGGCCAGUUUUUACUGCAGGGGCAAGAUAUAAAUCAGACAAUCUUACUGAAACUUUGAAUUUGAACAGCUUUUCAAGCUAUGAAGAUUUGUAUAAUUUUUUGAAAGCGAACAUUGGAGCAUUUGAAGGCCAAAACAGCCCAGGAGUGAUAUUGAGUCUAUACUCUGUUAUAUUCUCAAGAACUGUGGAUAAAAUUAUUGUGGAUAUGGAUGAACCGACAAACAAGUUAAUGGGUGCUCAUGGCUAUUGUACUCAGGAAAUGGUGAAUCUGUACUUAGCAGGGGAAGCUGUGUCAAAUGUGUUUAAUGACAUUAUGGAGCUGGAUUCUGGAGGCUCGGAGAAGAUGUUACUAAAGGGUCUUAGUGGACGCAGUGAUGUUGGACUUUUGUCCUUGUUUGAACACUAUAAAUCAUGUGAGGUUGGACGGUACUACAAGACCCCAAAGUACCCAAUAUGGGUGGUGUGCAGUGAGAGUCACUUCAGUGUACUCUUCUGCAUAAAGAAAGAGCUUGUUAGUGACUGGAGGGUUGAGAGGAGGUUCGAUCUGUACUACUAUGAUGGCUUAGCAAGACAAGAUGAAGAAAUUAGGCUUACUAUUGACACAACACAAGUGAAUCCUACUUUACCAAGUGAAGAUGACCUUGUUCCUCCAUUAGAACUCUGCAUCAGAACAAAGUGGCCUGAUGCAGUUGUGAGUUGGAAUGGAUCGGAACCAAUCUUAUGAUAGCUUUCAAUUGUAAUUAAAACAAAAUUCAUAGUUUACAUUAUUAUUGAAGAGCG